AUGUCCAAAACAACUGAAAUAUUUUGUCGUCUUCCGAAAUCUGUAGAGUUAAUCCAAGAUUUCAAAGAUAUAACUCCAUCACCAAAGGCAAACGGUGAAUGUCGUGCGGCCUUAUAUUCCAAAAAUGGUGAUUUCUUUGCUUAUACCCAACCUCAAGAAGUAGUUAUAUUAGAUACUACUGGUGAAGCAAAAGUAUAUCAUCGUAUUGAAAUUCCCGAAGUGUUUGAUAUUUAUUUUUCCCCAGAAGGUACAUAUUUAUGUCUUUGGUGUAAACCAAUUCAAUUAAAUAAAGAAAAUGGUACUUGGAAUAAUAAUUUAAAGAUUUUUAAUAUUAAAACUAAAACUAUUAUUGCUGAAUGGAGUGCUAAACAUCAAAAUGCUUGGAAACCUCAAUUUACUUCUGAAGAAAAUCUUUUCGCUAGAAGUAUAAAUCAAAAAGAAAUUCAUUUUUUUGAACUUGAUCCAACUUCUGAUUCAAUUGUCAAUAUAAAUCAACCAAGUUUUAAAUAUAAAGUUAAUGAUCCAAAGGCUACAUUACAAGCUUUCCAAAUAUCACCAGGAAGAAACCCUAGUGUUGCUAUUUUUAUUCCAGAAAAAAGUGGUAAACCAGCCAAUGUAUCAAUAUAUAAUAUUCCUAAUUUUAAUCAACCAAUUUGUUUUAAAAAUUUUUUCAAAGCUGAAAAAUGUCAAUUGAAAUGGAAUUCUUUAGGUACUGCAUUAUUAGCAUUAGCUUCUACUGAUCAUGAUACUACUAAUAAAUCAUAUUAUGGGGAAACCAAUCUUUAUUUAUUAGGAAUUGCUGGAUCUUAUGAUUCAAGAAUUGAUUUGAAAAGAGAAGGUCCUAUUCAUGAUAUUACUUGGUCACCAACUGCUCGUGAAUUUGCUGUUAGUUAUGGUUAUAUGCCUUCAGAAACAACAUUUUUCGAUUCUCGAGGUAAUGCUAUUCAUUCAUUACCUACAGCUCCAAGAAAUACAAUUUUAUAUUCACCUCAUGCUAAAUUUGUUCUUGUUGCUGGAUUUGGUAAUUUACAAGGUACAGUUGAUGUUUAUGAUCGUCAAAAUAAAUUUUCUAAAGUGAUCACUUUUGAAGCUUCAAAUACUUCUGUUUGUGAAUGGUCCCCCUGUGGUAGAUUUAUAUUGACAGCUACUACAUCCCCUCGAUUAAGAGUUGAUAAUGGUUGUAAAAUUUGGCAUGCUAGUGGCAAAUUAAUUUAUUUGAAAGAAUUCCCUGAAUUAUUUUCUAUUGGUUGGAAACCUCAAGCAUUAGAUUGUUUCCCCCCAAUUAGAAAUUUAGAACCGGCACCACAAGCUCAUGAAUCAACUAAAGAAUAUUUAGAAAAACGUCAAGCUUUAGCAUCAGCUGCUGCCAAAAAACCUGCUGGUGCUUAUCGUCCUCCACAUGCAAGAGGAGCAGGAGGAGCAGGUAAUGGUAGUGGUAGUGGUGCCAAUGUCGCUGCUUCAUCUUUGUAUCAAAAGGAAUUACAAAAUAAUUUGAGAAGUAAUGGAUCAUCACCUUCUCCACCUCCAGGAUUAUCAAGAGCUGCAGGUAAUAUUCCUCGAGUUAGAACUGUUGUUGGUGCUCCUCCACCAGUUGAAAAAGAAAGUAAAGCUGCUGCCAAAAAUAGGAAAAAGAGAGAAGCCAAGAAACAAGCACAAGAAAAGAGUAAUUCUCCUGCUCCUGCUGCUGCUGCUGGUGAGGCUGCCACAACUCCUACACCUGCUGCUACUGCUGGUGUUAUUGGAGGAGUUGCAUCAUUAGAAGAGAAAAAAAUUAGAUCUUUAUUAAAGAAAUUAAGAGCUAUUGAACAAUUGAAAAUGAAACAAGCUGCUGGUGAGACUUUAGAAGACACUCAAGUUAUAAAAAUCUCUAAAGAAGAUGAAAUUAGAUCUGAAUUACAAACAUUAGGUUGGAAUGAAUAG